AUGGCCACUUCGUCGCUGAUCUCAUCAUCGCUUCUGCCCACAGAACCUCUAAAACUUCAUCGCCGAAAUCACCAACUUUCGCUUUUCAUCAAUCAUAACAGGGUUGAGACCACCUCCAAGAAGCGACCCUCCUUCACGGUCCGAGCUGCAAAGCCUCCUGCUGGGGUGGAAUUGCCGAAAGUGCAGCCAAAAUUCCAAGCCCCUUUUCUUGGAUUUACCAGGACUGCAGAGAUAUGGAAUUCUAGAGCCUGUAUGAUUGGCCUUAUUGGAACUUUCAUUGUAGAAUUGAUAUUGAACAAAGGAAUUCUUCAGGUUAUUGGGGUCGAAAUUGGAAAAGGUCUUAACCUCCCUCUAUGAAGCUCUAAUCCGGG